AUUACACUGCUCUCAAGAUGGAAAUUUUCUUAUUCAAAAGUGGACUUGUAUUAGCAUGUUUAAUUUUACCUUUACUUUUACAAAAUACCCGAGCUGAGGCAGGUCCGCUUGUUGUAAUUACAUGGAAUUAUCCCAAUGCUACGCAAAAAGCUUGGGAAACUCUUUCCAAGGAAAAACGAAGUGCUGUAGAUGCUGUUGAAGAAAGUUGUAAAUUAUGUGAACAAAUGCAAUGUCGUGGGACCGUUGGUUUCGGAGGCAAUCCGGAUGAAAAUGGAGAAACUACCUUGGAUGCUUUAAUUAUGGACGGAACGACGAUGGACAUUGGUGCCGUAGGCGGAAUCCGCAAUGUGAAAGAUGCAAUCUCAGUUGCUCGCAAAGUUAUGGAAAAUACAAGACACUCGUUGCUUGGCGGAAGUUUAGCGGCAGACUUUGCUGUUCAAAUGGGCUUCAAGAAAGAGAGCUUGCAAACAGACAAGUCGCGUGAUAUGUGGCAAAAGUGGAAAAAUGAAAAUAAAUGUCAACCUAAUUUUUGGGAGAACGUUGAACCAAAUCCCUCUAGCAGCUGCGGUCCAUAUCACCUCGGUGCACAGUUAGAUGAUCCAAAAGCUAAUGCACCAACAACUGACGAAGAUAAUCACGAUACUAUUGGCGCUAUAGCUCUUGAUAUCCAAGGUCGCGUUGCUGCUGGGGUGUCAACUAACGGACAAAAGUUUAAAAUUCCAGGGAGAAUUGGGGAUUCAGCAGUCAGUGGUGCUGGUGCUUAUGCCGAUGGUGAAGUUGGUGCUGCAGCUGCCACUGGUGACGGCGAUAUUAUUAUGCGAUUUUUGCCAAGCUAUUUAUCGGUGGAAUUGAUGAGACUGGGUGCAUCACCAAAUGCGGCAACUGAAACGGCAAUAAGGAGAAUAGCAAAGUACUAUCCUAAAUUUAGUGGUGCUGUAAUUGCACUAAAUAAAGCUGGCGAAUAUGGAGCUAACUGCCACGGAUACGACAGUUUCCCAUAUUAUAUUGCUAACGUUGAAACGGGCGCUGCUAAGGAAUUGAAUAAACCUUGUAUCACUACACACAGCCCUUAAAACUUUUCUGUAUCUUUUUGACAAAUUGCAGCGUUGUACAUACAUUUUUCA